GGCCGAGCCCCGCGCGGGGACCGGGCACCAUGGUGCUGUCGGUGCCCGUGAUCGCGCUGGGCGCCACGCUGGGCACGGCCACCAGCAUCCUCGCGCUCUGCGGGGUCACCUGCCUGUGCCGGCACAUGCACCCCAAGAAGGGGCUGCUGCAGCGGGACCGGGACCCCGACCCGGAGAAGGCGAGAGGCGGCGUGCUCCGGCCCGCCCAACAGUUCAACGUUGAGAAGUCCACGGAGCCCGUCCAGCCCAGAGCCCUCCUCAAGUUCCCAGACAUCUACGGGCCCAGGCCGGCGGUGACGGCCCCGGAGGUCAUCAACUACACAGACUACACGCUGAGGGCCACGGAGGAGCCCGCGGCGCCUGCCAGCCCCCAGGCCCCGAGUGACAGCCGCCUCAAGAGGCAGGUCACAGAGGAGCUCUUCAUCCUUCCUCAGAAUGGUGUGGUGGAGGAUGUUUGUGUCAUGGAGACCUGGAACCCAGAGAAGGCUGCCCGUUGGAAUCAAGCCCCCAAACUCCACUACUGCCUGGACUAUGACCGGCAGAAGGCGGAGCUGUUUGUGACUCGCCUGGAAGCUGUGACCGGUGACCACGACGGAGGCUGUGACUGCUAUGUCCAGGGCAGCGUGGCCAACAGAACGGGCUCUGUGGAGGCCCAGACGGCCUUGAAGAAGCGGCAGCUGCUCACCACAUGGGAGGAGGGCCUGGUGCUCCCCCUGGCGGAGGAGGACCUCCCCACGGCCACCCUGACGCUGACCCUGAGGACCUGCGACCGCUUCUCCCGCCACAGCGUGGCUGGGGAGCUCCGCCUGGGCCUGGAUGGGGUGUCUGUGCCUCUGGGGGCCGCCCAGUGGGGCGAGCUGAAGACUUCAGUUAAGGAGCCGUCUGCAGGAACCGGAGAGGUCCUUCUAUCCAUCAGCUACCUCCCAGCUGCCAACCGCCUCCUGGUAGUGCUGAUCAAAGCCAAGAACCUCCACUCGAACCAGUGCAAGGAGCUCCUGGGGAAGGAUGUCUCUGUCAAGGUGACCUUAAAGCAUCAGGCUCAGAAGCUGAAGAAAAAGCAAACGAAACGAGCCAAGCACAAGAUCAACCCCGUGUGGAACGAGAUGAUCAUGUUCGAGCUGCCAGAUGACCUGCUGCGGGCGUCCAGCGUGGAGCUGGAGGUGCUGGGCCAGAGCGCGGAGGGGCAGAGCUGCGCCCUCGGCCACUGCAGCCUCGGCCUGCAUGCCUCGGGCUCCGAGCGCAGCCACUGGGAGGAGAUGCUCAAAAACCCGCGCCGGCAGAUCGCCAUGUGGCACCAGCUACGCCCGUAGCCGGCCACCGGGGUCGCCUCCCUCCUCGCCCACAGCCCCGCCCUUCCAGCCCCAGCCAUCCUGCCACCUCCUCUUUGUGCCCCGUCCUCGUUCUGACACCCGGAAGACAGACGCAUUUGCAAAGGCCAGGACACUACUCCUCUCUCAGCACACUCUCGUUUCUAGAACAGAAGUGGGGAGGGGCAGUGUGCGG